AUGGCGCUGAUCGAGGAGCUGGGCCUGAAGACGUAUCCACAGUUCAACACUGGGAAGAAAGUGCAUCACACGGGUGGAGCAGGGUCCCGUGUGCUUAGCUACACCUCCAGCCUCCCCGCCAUGUCCCCCCUGGUGCUUCUGGACCUCAGCCUCUUCAUCUACAGGACAAACCGCUUAUCUGCCACAGUGAACAUCCAGGACCCGUCCCUCACUCCCAACGCUGUGGAUUUGGACGGAAUGACCUUUCACUCCUGGAUCCGGCAGAACGCGUGGACACAAGAGCUGAAGGAUGUGGUGGACACAGGCACGCGCGCAGUUUUUGGGACGGAGCCAGCGCAGAUGUCCCUGCUCUACCUCCUCAUGUACUCUGCAGCAGCUGGAGGACUGGAGGCCCUGUUGGAGAGCACCCCAGGGGCAGCUCAGGAGUUUAGGGUCCAGGGGGGCACGCAGCAGCUGAGUGAAUGUCUGGCCGAGCGCGUGGACUGGAGAAACGUCCGUCUGGGCUGUGCUGUCAAGGCCAUAUGGCAGGAUCCGGAAUGGGCGCGUGUUCAGACCUCCACUGGUGAUUUCUUGAGCAGAGCUGUGAUUGUCUCCUGCCCUCCUCAUUUGGCAGCUCAGAUCCAGUAUGUGCCGCCGCUGCCGCAGAGAGCCUUCCUCACCCAGCACAUGCCCGUGGGUCACAUGAUCAAGUUCAUCAUCACCUACCGCAGCGCCUUCUGGAAGGACAAAGGAUUCUCCGGAGAGAUCGUCACCGGAGCGUCCACGGGCUGUCCCUUCUGCGUCACUUUUGAUGCCACUACUCCCUCGGGGAACGCAGCUCUGGUGGGCCUGAUCGCAGGACAGCAGGCCACAUACUGGACCAACAAACAGGCGGCAGAGAGAAGAAAAGCCGUGGUUUCCAGUCUUGUGCACUACCUGGGUCCUGAAGCAGACUCUUUUAUCCACUAUGAAGAAAAGGACUGGGCGCUGGAGGAGUACAGUGGCGGUUGUCCUGUUAACAUCAUGUCUCCUGGUUUGCUGACUUACUUUCACCCCAGUCUGAGGAGGCCGUGUGGACGGUAA